AUGGGCUUAAGAACCCUCCUCAAGGCCUUACGUCCCUCGGAUGGAAAAGAAACGCCUACCUCACUGUCACCGUUGCCAUCAUCAUCACCAUCCCCAUCGAAAGUGGGCACUGACAAGAACAAUAGCGUAGCAGCUGCGACCAGCAGUCAUACUCUACAGCCGGGUUCUUGUAACUCCGAUCUCAAUAUUACGUCUGAUGACAGCUUGCCACGGGACUUAUGGGAUGAAGCCUACGCCAUUCUCAGCGUAGAAGACCCAGAACUGAUAGGAAAGUACGAAAACAUCCUGUUGACUCAGAUGAAAGGAAAAGGUGAUUCAAGCCAGAAUCAUCUAGCGCCCGUUGGAUCGUAUAAACGCGAAGAGCAGCUACGACAAAUAGCGAAGAGCAAGGUCGAAGAAAUUGAUCUAGCACAGUGGCAAGUCAAGAUUGGUAACCACUCCGUGGACGUCAGUGGUCAGUUUAACAAAGUUGUCAAGAUUGUGGUUGCAGCCAAAGAUUUCGUAUCUUCAGCUGUCAGUGCUGAGCCACAUGCUGCACUAGCGUGGGCUGGGGUGUGCCUUUUCUUGCCGCUUCUUCUAAGCCCAUCAGAGCAGAAGUCUGCUGCCCAUGAUGGCCUUGAGGCUGUUCCCUUUUGUGUGCACAGACUAAGGGUCAUGGAGAGGCUUAUCAGACCAGGGAAAUCUGGAUUAACUCAGAGUAGCUAUCUGUCUGAUAGCCUGGAGCUUGUCAAAGACUUCGAGCGUACGGUGGUGGACUUGUAUAAGACAAUCCUCGAAUUCCAGAUCCGAUUAGUGAGACAGCAUUCCAAUAACUGGGCGAAACAGUACGGACGAGAUAUCUUCAAGGCUGAUGACUGGACGAGUUUGACCAGUCAGGUCAAGACACUUGAGGCAAAAUGCACCGAGAUUGCUCAAGACUUGAGUCGCGAGCGGAUUGAGAGAGCUUUGCAAGUUAGUGAGCACAACAUGCAAUGCGGUCUGCAGGAAGUCCAGAAAGAGUUGAGAAGGACAAAGCAUGGUAUUGAACAGCAGGCUAUGAUGCAAUUUGCUUGGCGACAGACCGAUAAGGAGCGCAAAUGUGUACAAAUGUUUCGACAAUCCAAUCCGUAUGAGAAUCAGAAAAACAGAACGCCAAAAAGAGUUUUCGAAACAGGAAAAUGGUUCCUGGAGAAUGACAAAUUUCUUGAUUGGCGAGAGAAGGAAGGACCCGAUCUCCUUUGGAUGUCUGCUAAGCCCGGUUCGGGCAAAUCCGUCCUAGUAAAGACAAUGAUUGACGAGGGUCUGGUUACAUUGAGCCAUCAGAAGCUGUCCGCUGUCUGUUAUUUCUUCUUCAAAGACAUCUCCCCAUACCAGAGAAGUGCACUCAGCGCCAUGUCUGCCAUCUUACACCAGCUUUUCUCGGCGUUCCCAUCUCUGGUGAAACAUGCCCUUUCACCUUAUGAUUUGAAUGGUAGGGAGCUACUCAACUUAUUUGACGAGAUGUUUGAUAUUCUCUGCCAAGCGGCUACUGACCCCUCCGUCGGACAAAUUGUGUGCAUCCUAGACGCCCUCGACGAAUGCAAUGACGAUGAUCAAUUAGUUCUGAUUGAAUCAAUCAUUAAUUUCUACCAUACAUCCAAGAAUGAUUCAAGAUUUGACGAUCGGCCUAAGUUGAAGUUCCUCUUAACCAGCCGUCCGUAUUCGCACAUUCAUUCUCAAUUUGAUGAUCUCAUAACUGAGGCCCCUACGAUUCACUUAUCCGGAGAUCAUGAAUCGGAAAAUAUCAAAGACGAGAUUGAUUUAGUCAUUGAUGUCAAGGUCCCAAAGCUUGCUGCUGAAAGGGGGUUCGACGAAGAGGCAACAAAGUACCUGCUUAAGGAGUUGCACACAGUCGACAACAGAACGUAUCUAUGGCUGAGCCUGAUAAUGGAAGAAAUUCGCCUUAGUGAACGACCAGCCAACAAGCGAGAACUCCAAAAGAUUAUCUCAAGCUUGCCGCGCAGUCUGAUUGAUGCUUACGAUGCUAUCCUGAGGAGGUGCCGCCACCCAGACCUUGCAAGACAGCUCCUGCAUAUCAUCCUGGCGGCCCGAGAGCCUUUGGCAGUCGAUGACAUGAAAAUAGCCACAGCUCUUGCCAGUGAUUUUAAAUAUCGCUCAUAUGAAGAAAUUGGGACUGAACGGUUAGACGCCUUCGAGAUGAGAAUCAAAAAUGUUUGUGGUCUUUUAGUGACCAUUGACAACGGCUCUGUGUUUCUCAUCCACCAAACGGCCAAGGAAUUUCUUAUCACGGAUGACUACACGAGCCACAGGAGUGACACUUGGAAACACAGUUUCAGUCCGCUGGAUUCGGAAACAUUACUCGCAAAAAUCUGCAUCAGUCUGCUUUCUUUCACUCAUUUUCUCAAAGCCCCACUCACAAUCGAUGAUUCUGAUGAUGAACCCCAUAAGAAAGUUUCUGAAUAUACCAAGGAUAACCCGUUUCUAGAAUAUGCAGCAAUGAAUUGGGUGGAACACUGCCAAGAAGCCAUGCUUGGGGAAGAUCCAGAAUGGGUCUCGUCGAUGUUGUUCCUUUGCAGCGUGGAGAGACCGGCAUUCAGGACAUGGUACGCAAUUUACCAGAUCUCGGGCAAGAAUCAUCUCCCUUGGAAGAUGACAAGCCUGAAUAUUGCUGCUGAGUUCGGUUUUCCAUAUGUUCUUGCCUCUCUUCUAGAAAGUGGAGAAGACCCAAACGAGCCUGAUGGCCACGGGGCGACGCCUCUUGCGCGUUCUGUGCAGAAAUCCACAGUAGCUGUGGACCUUCUUUUAAAUGCCAACGCAGACAUCAAUGCCUACGGAUGGGAGGAACCCUGGUACGAAGAUGUCGACAAUACGGGCAGCGACAUUGAAGUCAAGCCGUUUUCAGGUACCCCUCUGGUCAUGGCUGUAUUUAGCGACGAUGCCGAAAUGGUCAAAUAUCUGAUCGAACAUGGAGCUGUGAUAAAUUUUCCUCCGCAUAGUUCCCUUACACCGCUCUUCAUAGCAUGCCUGCAGUACCCUUGGGAUGAGAAACCUAAAGCAAAAGAGAUUCUCCACCUGCUGCUUCGCUCCGGGGCGGAUGUUUGUUUUGAGAUGAUAAAUGAAGAUUGGCCGAUAGAGAUGACCGUCCUCCACUUUGCUGCUAUGAACAAUGACCUGUCGGUAUUGCAAGUUCUUCUUGGAUCCAAAACCGCAGAUGUCAACUUCCAGCUUCGUGAAUCACCGAGCCACGUUCGAAUGGAAGAUCUAGAUACUACCGAGUACCAGUCGAUCAUCGAUGAGCCGGAAUGUUCAUCUGAUAAGAUCAAGUCACUGCAGGCUGGCCCUUCUUCCGCCAGUGGAAGAGAUAUCGAUGGGUCCAGAGGAGCCGAAGAUUCAAAAGGAGGUGGUGACAUUGAUGACAACACCUCCAUACCCGACAAUCAGGAUUCCGACGAUGAUUCUGGGUCCGGGUUCAAUAAUGAUACCCAUCAAUCUGACUCUUCUGAGUCGAGCGACUCGCCACAAAAUUACGUUUACAUGAUAGGGGCCACUCCAUUACACCUCGCAGCAAGAGGAGGAUUGGUGAAGAAUGUCGAGCUUCUUCUGAAGUAUGGAGCCGAUCCGCAUGUGAAAAAUGCCAAUGGCUAUACAGCAAUGGAUUUUGCUCUUGAACUGACGCGUAUUGAAGAUAUUGAUGAUGAAGAGGACUUCAGUUCUAUCAAAGCGGAAAUUAUAGAGUUGCUUGAACAAAACGAUCACAUUCCCUCGGAUGGUGAAGAGUCCUUCCUUGGAACUACUUCUCUUAAUGGCUAA